AUGGCUGACAUAUUAACACAGCUCCAAACAUGUCUCGAUCAGCUCGCGACCCAAUUCUACGCAACUCUCUGCUAUCUCAGCACAUAUCAUGACCACGUCCCGGCAACAGUGCCGCCUCCAUCCUCCGGCAUCACAGACUCCAUGCCGCCUCUGGCUAAGAUCCCCCGUAACCAACCCUCAGCGGCACCCAUGCCCGCCGGUGCAGCCGCAAAACAAACCGCUGAACAACAGGGACAGACUUCACCAUCCCUCGGAAUUUCCGGAGCAGGUGGCGCAGCAGGAGGGGUGGGAGCAGAGACCUCGACACUCCCUCCAGGCACAAAUGGAGCGACAGCGACGACGUCUCUAACUCCUGGUCAAGGAGAUCCGAAUCAACCACCCAUACCAGAUUCGCCUCAGUUAUUCUUGUAUCGACAAAAGGAAUUAGCGCGUGACUUGAUUAUCAAGGAGCAGCAGAUUGAGUAUUUGAUUGGGAGAUUACCCGGAAUCGGUUCUUCGGAAGCAGAACAAGAAGCGCGUAUUCGUGAGUUGGAAAGCGAAUUAAGACAGGUUGAGCUUGCGAGGGAGAAGAAAGCGAAGGAGUUGAAGAAGUUGGGGAAGAGACUGGAAUCAGUUCUUAGUACCGUUGAGAGGGGCAUAUAUUCGAAACAACAGAGGUACGGUCAAGAUUGA